CGCGCAGCCGGCGGCCCCGCAGCUCGCAGCUCAAGGUCGCCGUGUCCCCUCCCGGCCGCCGUCGCUGCGGGUUCCGGUUCCGGCCGCGGAGCGGAGGGGAUGGCGGCGCUGGGGAGGGUCUCUCGGCUCCUGGUCGGUGCGGCCGGCCCGCGCUCCCCGCCGGCGCGGAGCAUGGCGGCUGCGGCACACGAGGGCGGCGGAGCCCGCUUGUGGAAGACGUUGACGUUUGUGGUGGCGCUGCCCGGGGUCGCGGUUUGCAUGCUCAACUGCUACCUGAAGGCGCAGCACGAGCACGAGAGACCCGAGUUUGUCCCGUACGCUCACCUGCGGAUCAGGACCAAGCCUUUCCCCUGGGGUGACGGGAACAAAACACUAUUCCACAACCCCCAUGUUAAUGCUCUCCCAACCGGUUAUGAAGACUGAGAUCCCGACCACAGCCAGAACUUUGGCUCUUCCAGUCUUGGACCAGAAUGUUGUGUGGGAACCAUCACUUAAAAAUCUCCACAUUCCUUCUGCGAUGAAGCCAAGUGGCGUUGUAGCCUCUGUCUGUGCUUGUGUAGAGGCCCUUUAAAUAAACAACUCUGAACUUGA